CGAGCCUCCAUAGUACUCUGUUACAGCUGCCUGCGACUCAACUUGGUUAGAAAAACUCAGCCAGGAUUCAGUGUAAGUGCUGCCAAACAUCAGGAGUUCUACAACAACCCUCAGAAGUGAUCAUGUUCCGCGUGGCUCGCUCAAGAACCCUGGAGAUCAAUCAGCAGCCAUUUUUCUUAGCAAUCCUAUCACUGUUGGUGAUUCAGAAAAUCGCACGCUGACAUCUUGUUAUAGGUGAAUAAAACGGUACUGCGAGGACGAUGGGUGGGAGGCAAUCUCGCGGUUUUUCCAACAAGGAGCUGAAUGAGGUGAGUGUGAGCAGGAAGAGUGGUGGGAGAGACGAGCAGCCCAGCUUGUCUUCGGCUGCUGAGAGGAUCCGCAGACACGCCACGGUGCACUUUGGCUACAGCACCCUUAGCCUGGCCAUGCGGGCGCUCGAUGAGAUCCCUUCGGAGCUGUGGGAGCUCCGAGAACUGCAGAAGCUAAACUUGUCCAUGAACUGCCUGUGCUCUCUGCCGCCUGCCCUGGGCUGUCUGGACAAUCUGGUGAUCCUCAACUUGUGGGGAAACAACCUGUCCAGCCUCCCCGCCGAGAUCAGCCUCCUGAAGAAGCUACGCGUGCUCUUCGCCUGUCGUAACCGCCUGAGCGAGGUCCCCGAGGAGCUGGGCUCCUGCACUCGCCUGGAGGUGCUGAGCCUGGCCAACAACCAGAUCACAGGCCUCCCCGGCAGCUUGGCAGCCAUGCACAAUCUGACCAAACUCAACCUCAGCCACAAUCGCAUCGUUCACAUCCCCACCUGCGUCUACAGCAUGAAGGGCCUGGUCUUUCUUCACCUGGCUUGCAAUCGUCUGGAGACAAUUGCGGACCAGAUCCAGGACUUGGUGAACCUGAAGAUCCUCAUCGUGGAGGGAAACAGUAUCCACUCUCUGCCGAAGACGCUUUGUUUCCUUGAGUCUUUAGAACUCCUCAACGUUGACUUCAACGACCUGCAAAAUGUGCCAAUGGAAAUGUAUCUACUCAGCAGGCUCGGGAGGUUGGCCUGCCACCCGAUGGACAAAGGACUUCAUAUUAUUCACAACCCCCUCCUCAAGCCUAUCCAGGAGGUGCUGCAAGGAGGGCUCAGUGCCCUCUAUAACUACCUCAAGCCCACGUGAGGGUGUGUGUGUGUGUGUGUGUGUGUGUGUGUGUGUGUGUGUGUGUGUGUGUGUGUGUGUGUGUGUGUGUGUGUGUGUGUG